CUGGACCGCGGCACGGUUUCAUGCGUUGUGUCUGAGAGACCUUCACCCUAUCAGAUGACUUCACAAGUGGUGGUCGUGUCGCGUUGGUUGCGGUCGAGGCCCGACGUAGCACUUAGUAAAAUUGAAUUUAGGCCGCGAUCACCUGCUCGGUAGUCAGUUGUUCCGUCGUGUUGUGUACGAUUUGGAUGGUUUCGUGACGUCACUUGUGUACGGGUUCAAGAAUCUUUGUGCUAAUGUAGUGUGAUAUGAUAAACACUAUCUGCACUUGAUAGUGCUAUCAUUAUUAUCCUCGAGCAGUUGUUCCUCUAGAACAUAUUGGUAUACCCGAAAACAGUGUUGUGCUUGUUGUGUAUUUGUGGUAGCAGCAGCAGUAGUCCAAUAAGGCAUUAUUUUCAGUGUAAGCUGCAACUACAUAACCUCGGCAUUUUACAUAUAUCUCGCAAUAACAACUAGCAAAAUGCCCCGCGGGCGGGACGAUAUGCAAGUCAACGUGGCGGGCCUCAGAAGGAAUAUUAAAAACCUCGCGCACAACUACAGCGAUGCUCAGGUUAAAGUGCGCGAGGCGACGUCAAACGACCCAUGGGGUCCAUCCAGCACGCUCAUGGCGGAGAUCGCCGACCUGACAUACAACGUGAUGGCGUUUACAGAGAUCAUGCAGAUGAUCUGGAAGCGCCUCAACGACCACGGCAAGAACUGGAGGCACGUGUAUAAGGCCCUAGUGCUGAUGGAGUAUCUGAUAAAGACUGGUUCGGAGAAGGUGGCCAUGCAGUGCAAGGAGAACAUCUUUGCGAUUCACACGCUCAAGGACUUCCAAUAUAUGGAGGAAGGGAAGGACCAGGGUUUGAAUGUCCGCGAGAAGGCGAAGCAGCUGGUGAACCUGCUGAAGGAUGAGGAGCGCCUCAAGAACGAGCGGGCGCGCGCACUGAAGGCCAAGCAGCGGUUCGCGCAGUCCGCCAGCGCCUUCGGCAGCGACGGCGCCCUCGACACCCCCACCAGCCCCACCUACCCUACGCUACCGAACGAGUCAGCGGAGUGGUCAGGACGCGAAUCGGAGCUGGCGCGGCCGCUGACGGCGGGCGAGGAGGAGCUGCAGCUGCAGCUGGCGCUCGCCAUGAGCCGCGAGGAGGCCGAGCGCGAGGAGCGCCGCCGCCGCUCCGACGACGUGCGGCUGCAGCUCGCCAUCAGCCAGUCGCAGAACGACUUCCAAGCCCCGCUAACGGACAAGAAGGGUGAGCAGCAAUCCCACCUCCUGGACCUGCUGGACGUGAACUUGGGGUCACCGCCCGCCGCCGCAGCCUCUGCCGACCCCUGGGGCCUGCCCUCGCCCAAACAGGAGACGUCAUCAGACGCGUGGUCGGGCGUGAACAGCCCGGCGCGUGACCCGUGGGCGCCUGGGCAAGCGGCCGCUGUGGCCGCCGCCGCCUUGCCUGCCGACCCCUGGGCGCCGCUUGCACUGAGCAAGUCCCCGGCGUCGGUGGUAUCGUCCCCGUCGUCGUCGGAGCUGGAGCAGUUCGACGCACUGUCGCAGCGCGCGCGCAGCCUCAACAACAACGUGGAGCCCGACCCCUUCGAUUUGUCCGUCUUAGGUGAUGGCCUCACCCCGAAGCCAGCGACGCCGUCCACGGGCGCCGUCAAGAAGUCUCCGUCGGCGUUCCUCGGCGAGAACUCCUCGCUGGUGAACCUGGACCGCCUGCUGCAGCCGGCGCCGCUUGACCCCCCAGCGCCCAACCCCUUCAGCGCCCCGGACACGCGGCAGAUGUUCCAGCCGCCGCCGCCGGCGCGGUUAACAAUCAACGAGCUGAAACAGCAACAGAUGGGUCUAUCGGGCGUGCCGUUCCAGAGCUCGUCGCCGGCCUUCGGCGCGCCGGCCGGGGGCGUGGCCGUGCUGCCGGGCGCCGGGGCCGGGCUGGGCGCGGGCCCCCUGGGCGCGGCCCACGUGGGCGCGGGCUCCCUGGGCGCGGCCGACCCCUGGGCGCCGGUGCCCGCGCCGCGCGCCGCCUCGCCCUGGUCGCCGCCGCAGCAGCGGCACACGCCCAACCCGUUCCUCUCCUAGCCGAAGCGAUAAGGCGGAGGCUCGGCGGGCGCGCACGCCAGUGGCCGAGGUAACACUACACCAGAUUGACUCAGACCACACCUCGAAACGCUGGCAACGUCGCUCCUCGCGCCAGGAGCGACAAUCACUAGCGAAAAACUAGCAAAAAAAAUUAAAAAACUUUCAUCUUUACCCAAAAAAACCUUCCAAAUUAUCAGUCUUUCAAUACAGGGUAAAACUUCAUGAAUUUUCCCCAAAUAUAAAUUUAGUAGUUACCGCUGGCCACACUUAGUCGUACAGACUCGCUUGUCGAACAACUUAUUAUUUUUCGUGGCUAUAUCGAUGAACUAGGAACUUUGUUAAACAAAUUUUUGGCGUGAUUACAUCGACACUGGCCGGCAAGGACCGCGAGGGAUAAGGCCGCCAUUUUGAAAACGAAAAUUAGCGUCUGUUUUUUACAAUUUUAGUGUAAUGUAAAUUGUGAAUUCCCCACGAUCACUGUGACGGCACCUAAUGUUUUAUGCCCUUCACUGAGCACCCCUAUUCGUUUAUCCCCACUCCUUGUCCGCCAACAUACCUAUAUUUAUGUAUUAAUAUUAUUUUUAACAUUUUCGAGAGUGGUGAGUGAAAUCAUGUGGACACAGCUUGUGUUUGGAUUUUGGACUAACUACUUUACGUGGUGGUAGGUUAACAAAUUUAAAAGUAAAAUAAGACGAUUAGACACAAUAUAAUGUAAAUGAACGUUUUUAUAUAGACUGGAUAACGCUGUGACGUAAUAUAGUACGCGGUUUUUGUAUGCGUUCCGAAAUAAACUUUAUUAUAUAACUGGAAUGGGUCAAUCCGCCUUGCAUUUGUACUGUGAUAUUUCUUUUCAUUGUGUGCUUUUACAUUUUAUUUUGAAAAUUCGAGACCAAAUUACAAAUGAAGUAGCAUUUUUUUUUAUUUGAAAGAUUAUUUACAAUUGUUUGUUUCUGAUCGCAUACAAAAAGUAGAUCAUAGUAUAGACAUCGUAGCAUCCAUAGACUAAAUAUUUAGGGUGGGUCAUCGCAGACGCGUCACUUUUGUGGCGAGUCGACCGGCCCGGCCGUUCGAGAACACUUAGAGGCUGUUCGGGUGCGUUCGGUCGCUGUUUAUUCUACUAAGUCGGUGAAGAUGAUGCUCUAAAUAACGACUUAUAUCGGUGGCAAGGGUUAGAGAUGUAAUGGACUCUCGUAGCGCGGCGAAGACAUCGACUGACCGCGACUUAGAUGCACGUUUUAGGUGCUUCUGGUAGCAAUAUUAUAGUGCGGAGACCUUGCACUCACACUGUAUUAUAAUUUUAUUUCUUACUGAGUACGUGGCUUGUUGAUGUCGUAGAUACAAAUUCAAUACAUAGAAUCAAAUUUA